AUGACGACAGAAUCCAAUCAAGACCCAGAAAGCAAACAGCAGCAAGAAAUAAAGAAACGUCGGUGGCGCAUACUAGCAGUGGCGGUGAUCCUCUCCGUACUCACCCUCUUGGUUCUCUGCGUCAUCCUGGCCUUCACGGUCUUCAAGCUCAAACACCCCAGGACCCAACUCGUAUCGGCUACAGUCGACGGUGUAGCGCCACGUGUGUCAUUCCCGGCCCUGAAGAUAGAGCUGAACAUCACCCUGGACCUGGAGAUCCUGGUUGAAAACCCCAACCGCGCCAGCUUCAAACACGGCCCAGGAAAGAGCCUUGUUUUCUACCGUGGCAAGCAGGUGGGAGAGGUUGACCUGGCUCCCGGCCGGAUCCCAGCGCGAGGGUCGGAAACGAUUCGGGCCCGGUUGACGAUAGAGGCGGAUGAGUUCGUGUCGGAAUUGGGGAAUUUGAUCAGAGACGUGUCGAGUGGGGAACUGGUAAUUGAUACAGCCUCAAGGAUACCUGGAAGGAUUACGUUUUUGGGGUUUAUUAAGCGACAUGUUGUUGCUGUAUCGCAGUGCCAAGUGGCAAUUGGUUUUCCUGAUUUGAGAGUACGACGGCAGGAGUGUAGAAACAAGACAAAGCUGUAA